AUGGAGCAGGAUAUUUUUCUGAGCUCAGAUGAAUUGGACGAUGAUGUAUUUUAUCCUGAUGACUUUGGGUUUCCUGUUCAGCCUCUGACCCCUUCAGCUAUGUUCACCCACAGCCCAGCUUACACUUGUAUGUUAGGUCGAUUUCAGCUGUUCCCCCUCUCCCAUUGCUGUGGCCCCGGGUGCAGGAUCACGGACUGCGAGGAUAAGGCCACCCAAACCUUAGAGCCAUCAUCUGUUAAUGGUGAUAUUAUGUUACCUUGUGGUGUCGCAGAAUCCCCUCAGAGACUCUUUUAUGGAAAUGCCGGGUACCUUUUACACCAGCCUUUAGAUUUAGCUAUGCAAUUAGGAGAGGAGACACACAACACCCAAGACUGGAGCAGAGUGCUGAAAGGCGGAUUGCUCGGAAGUUACAGUGUAUUGGAGAUCAGUUCCAUAGACUUCACUUACAAAAGGUAC